AUGGUAAAGAUCAUAGAAAAGUUGCUGAUCGUUACCUGGGGUAAAGACAAGCCUUUUGUGAAAGACUUGAAGCGCAAUUCAUCUAUCAUGGCUUCGAUCAAUGAUAGAUUCCGCCAUGUGGCGAGAAAUCUUUCUUUAUGGACGUUCUAUGAAACACUUCCUGUUGAAGUUGGAAUAUUCAGUAAGUUAAUUGUAGCGAAAGAGUCUGCAAUAUUGGGUUAUGAUGAAGAACGCAUCGAGGCCAUGAAUGCCGACCAUCGGAAUUCAUGCAGAUUCACCAGCAAGAAUAGAUUCACCAGCAAGAAUGAGUCAAACUACAAGCUAUUACGAAAUGCUCUAUACACUGCGAUAGACGAGAUUAAAGAUGCAUUUUUCGACAUUGAAUCGUCUAGCUGUGUCCUUGAUUCUAAAAUACCCCAAUUUGAGGGUCUUACACUGAGCGAAGCUAGCGCUCGACUGUCCUCCUUUCUAGAAGUUGCCAACGAUUUUGAUAGCAAUCUUGUGAUGUGUCAAGAUUUGAAAGAGCCAGGUACCUGCCAGUGGUUUACUGAAAAGAUAACCUUCAAACUAUGGGUGUCGGGAAACUCCCCAAUGAUUUUAUGGCUGACUGGAAGGCCAGCAGCGGGGAAGUCUAUCCUCUCAAGCCAUGUCAUCGCUCAUCUCAAAACCUCGGCCUGUUGUAGCUACUUCUUCUUCGAGCAUUCAAAAGCAAAUAAAUCUACGCUCAGUGAUUGCUUUAGAUCUCUGGCCUAUCAAAUGGCCAUGCAAGAUGAUCUCGUGAGAGAUAAACUAUUGCAACUAGAAGAGGAGGCGGUUACCUGGGACAUAAACAAUGAUGGAUUAUUGUGGGCGAAGUUGUUCCUGGAGGGAAUCUUUGUCAAACACUGA